AUGUCAGCGCUUCCCCUUAUCGCUUUUCACUGCUCAUAUGCUCUCCGCCUGGAGCUCAUGCAGUUACCGGAUAUGUCGACGACUAGCAGCCGUUUUUUCGCCUCAUUUCGCUCGUUUUAACCCAUUUCAGGAAGUCUGGGAUGACCGCAUCGCGUUUUAAAACUCUUUAAAAUAUACAUAAUCGAUAAAAAGAUUAAAAAACGAACCGAAGGCCUGUCGCUGUGAGGUUUUGUGUUAUCGGUUAGUGGCAUGAAACGGAGCGGCUCAUUCCUCCGGUUUCACAAAGGAGCGGUGGUUUCCUCAGGUGUCAGCAGGCUAUCCUCGGAGUCCGGUCACAUCACCGAGCACCGAGCGGCGACGACACGCAGCUGUAGCCUGUAAAUCCUCGGGGAAGGCGGGAGGGGGAAACCCAGCGGAGCCACCAUGGCGAGCGACGACUGUCGGAAAGAUGACUUGCUGGAGGACAGCCGCACAGACUCGGGCAUCGACUCGUAUCGCUCCAUACUUAAGUCAGAGGAGCCCCGGGAGCCGAGCACCGACCUGAGCGGGCCGAGGGACAAGUUUUCCACCGUGGAAGAGCGCCUGGACUCAGCCUACGGCUCCUCGUCCAUCACGGUGGAGAGCCUGUCAGAAAUAGUGGGGGACUGCACGCUUUCCAGCGCCCAGGAGGAGCAGGCACACAUCUCUGAACUCUCUGAACAGGAGGAGAACUUGCUCACAACCGUUACUGAAGAUGGAGACACAAUCCUGCACUUAGCAAUCAUCCAUGAAGACGAGUUCAUCGCUCAACAGUUGAUACAGCUAUUCCCAAAAGAAAUCCUGGACAUCCAAAACAACUUAUACCAGAGUCCUUUGCACCUGGCCACCUACCUGAACCUGACAGAUGUGGUGAAGGGCCUGGUGGAGAAGGGGGCCAGCCUGGAGCUGCAAGACCAGGACGGGAACACAGCGCUCCAUGUGGCCUGCCAGCAUGGGCAGACGGAGUGCGCCACCCAGAUGACCAGAGAGAUUUCCCCUAGCAAGCUGGCGCCGGUCCUGGAGACCCAGAACUGGAGAGGUCUUGCCUGUCUUCACUUGGCUGCACUUAACAGACAACAUCAGAUUAUGCAGCUCCUGACGAAAAAGGGAGCCAACCUGAAUAUCCAGGAAGGAACCAGCGGCAAAACAGCUCUUCAUCUGGCCGUUGAGCUGCAUGACAGCACAUCCGUGAAGCUGCUGCUCAGCAGGGGAGCCAAUGUGGACGCGGCCAUGUUUAACGGCUGCACGCCCCUGCAUCUGGCGGUGGGGAGACAGGACGCCGCCAUCGCCAACCUCCUCUGCCAGUCCGGCGCUGACACAAUGCUGCGAAACAUGGAGGACGAAACGGCGCUGGAUUUGGCUGACGGCAAUGAUGAUAUUCUGGCUCUAUUUCCUUUUGAUGACAUCCAGAUCUCCGGGAGGUCGGUGGUCGGUAUGAAGUUUUGAGCUGAAUCACAGGCUGAACAACAAUGUUGAAAUUGUCUAGAGCCUCGCUGCAGCUUGAACCUUUGAUUU